AUGAUCCAGUUGGCCGUUGAUUUGCUUUGCUUUCAAAUCAUUGAGAUUCAACUUGGCUUGUUCGCCUUCGUGUUUGAGAGCUCUAUAAAGCUCCGUGAGACUGUCUGUGACCUUUUGUAUAUCUUCGCUCGCAAAGCCAUGGAAUUGGGUUAUGGAUGUCAAUGCGUUCUCCACCUCACUUUGUAUUUUUCGGAUGGCAUUCGUCAGUGCUGUUUUCUUGGUUCUGUCCUCGCCGCCGUGCCUUGCAUUGGUGAAGGACAACGUAAAAUUGUCAAGCUUUACUUUACCAACAUCCUUAUCUGUACCGUCCUCCCCGACCUCGUUCUUCAAAAUGUCACUAAUCGUCCUGUGAAUGUUGUGAGUCAGCUGGACUGUUUGCUUGUGGGCGGUACCGUAGGGGUCGAAGGCGAUGCCUUUGUCAUAUCCGCUGUCGCCGUAUUUGACAAGCGCCGUGUCAAAAGCGCCGUCCAUAUCGGUAGCCACUUUGAGCGCCUUGUCCAAGUUGGUGGCGAGAUUUGCCGUUGCAUUCCCUUUGGUGAUGGCGAAUUGUUCAAGAGUCUUUGCCGCUUCCUGAGCGGUAGAUUGCAGGGCAGCCAUGGCAUAACGGAUAGCGAAAGACAGAUUAUAGUCGUUAGUAGGUUCUGA